AAUAUGCUCUCUAAGACACCUACAUCCAACUUCUUUACCACCUCCUUCGAGCCUCCUCACCUGAUACCGAUUGCAAUUUGUCAGAAAUGCUCUUUUUUCGUUUUUAAGUCGAUUUAAGAUGGCCAAAUUACCCGUAGCUGGAAAGUCUCAUACUUAGCCAUUUCUGAAUGUACGAACUCUGUAUUCGGGAGGUUACAUCAACUACUGUAGUUAAUUUCCUCUCUUGCAUGCUCAUGCUACCUCAUGAAUAUUCUUCUUUGUUCAUCCUGUAAGUUUUCACCCGCAUACCUGAUAAUUUCCUUUAUCGAUCGCUGUUGUUGUCUGUGUUACAUUUCAUCAGGCAGUCAAAGUUCUAUUGCAUUAUUGGAACAGGACUCGCGGCACUAAGUCGCUACGCAGACUGCUCCGCCAGCAGGGAUGGAAGAUGGACACAUUUGUCGCGUGUGCCGUUGUGAGGGAGCAGCUGACAGACCAUUAUUCCAUCCAUGUAUCUGCACAGGAAGUAUCAAGUGGAUCCAUCAAGAAUGUCUUCUACAAUGGAUGCGCUACUCUCGCAAGGAAUAUUGCGAGCUUUGUGGCUACAGAUUUUCUUUCACUCCAAUAUACUCGCCGGAUAUGCCUCGGCGUCUACCAAUUAAAGAUGUGAUCGGCGGUCUCCUAGGAAGUGUUGUCACAGCUGUUAAAUACUGGUUUCAUUACACAAUUGUUGCCCUAGCAUGGCUUGGUGUUGUGCCUCUUACAGCAUGCCGAAUCUAUCGAUCCCUCUUCACUGGCUCCGUCGAUUCGGUUCUCAUGCUGCCACUGGAUGUUCUGUCUAUUGAUAAUAUCCCGGCCGAUAUUUUCCAUGGUUGCUUUGUUGUUACUUGUACAUUACUGGCUUUCCUUGGACUCAUUUAUCUGAGGGAGCAAAUACUUCAUGGUGGAGGCCCUGACUGGUUAGAGCAGGAUGAACCCAAUCAACAGCAAGAUGCCAGAGUUGUCCAGCUGAGGAGAGAUGAAGGACAACCAGCAGCUCCAGAGAACAACAAUGUUCAAGAUGCCGUUCAAAACCAAAAUGAGGCUGUUGCUGAACCUGAGAAUGCCGUUGAAGGAAUUGCUGGUGUGGGUGGAGGUGCUGUCGCUAACGACGAAGCUAACUUCAAUCCAAUAGAAUGGGAUCGAGCUGGUGAAGAAAUCACAUGGGAAAGACUUUUGGGUCUAGAUGGAUCUUUGGUGUUCCUGGAGCAUGUGUUUUGGGUUGUUUCAUUAAACACCUUGUUCAUUUUAGUCUUCGCAUUUUGUCCCUACCACAUGGGUCAUUUUGCUGUCGUAGGCUUAGGAUUACGAGAACAUGUAACGGCUUCUCACUUUGAAGGUUUAGUGACAACCCUAUGUGGAUAUUGUGUCAUCGGAUUGUGCCUUGUAAUUUUACGCACUUUAGCUGCAAUCUUCAAAUUCACUCGUUCCAAGAAGGUUUUGGGCAUGUGCUAUGUUGUUGUCAAAGUUUCUUUACUCUCUGUAGUAGAAGUAGGUGUUUUACCACUAGUUUGUGGAUGGUGGCUAGAUAUUUGUUCACUGGCUAUGUUUGAUGCCACUCUCCGGGACCGUGAAACAAGCUUUAGAGCAGCACCAGGAACAUCCAUGUUUAUUCAUUGGUUCAUUGGCAUGGUUUAUGUUUACUAUUUUGCAACGUUUGUUCUUCUACUUAGAGAAGUGCUUCGCCCCGGUGUGCUAUGGUUCUUAAGAAAUCUAAAUGACCCAGAUUUUAGCCCAAUCCAGGAAAUGAUACACUUGCCAAUUAUCAAACACCUUCGUCGCCUUCUUGUGUCCGUGGUCAUUUUUGGAACAGCCGUCUUGCUGAUGUUGUAUGUUCCUGUAAAAAUAAUUAAGUUUCUUCUGCCUGGAUUUUUACCAUACACCGUAACUCAACACUCAGAAGCGCAGUUUCAGGUGAAUGAACUGUCUCUGGAAUUCCUUUUGCUUCAAGUCAUCAUGCCUGCUCUCAUGGAGCAUUCUCACACCCGCACCUGGCUGAAAUCAACAAUCCGCAUCUGGUGCCGUGCUGUAGCUUGGCUGUUAGACAUCAAGUCUUUCCUUUUAGGCGAUGAAGCGGAGCCUAGAGCUGGGUUGGAAGAUCAAAAUGAGGUAGCUUUGGCCGGUGAUCUGGGCGCUCUCCACCAUGCUAUUUGGCAGCUCCAUGGAAUUCUCGGACUGGGAGCGCAGCCUUACAAGAGGCCAAAAUUUUUUGCAGCCAGAAUUGUUUGUUUACUGGUUCUUGUCGCCAUAAGUUUUGUAGUGGCAGCAGUCUUAGUAUUAACCAUUCCUGUUUGGCUAGGUCGACAAGUUAUGGGAUUCUGGCCUGUUGGACCACCGGGUGAUGCUGCAACCUCUCUGAAUGUUCCAGUUCAUGAACUGUAUACAGCGGCUUGUGGAACGUACCUACUGUGGCUUAUCGGCCGCUUUGUCAGCCUAGUUUGUAGUUGGCUUCCGCAAGGUCGUGCUGCCAUUAUGCAACGAUUAUGGAGUUGGUGCAUAGUUGGUGCCAAAUGUGCUGUGGCUUUCAUGAUUCUCAUUGGUGUUAUACCUCUACUGUUCGGUUUAUUAUUAGAAUUGAUCGUACUUGUUCCGUUGAGAGUGCCACUCAAUCAAACUCCAAUUCUGUGGGUCUGGCAAGAUUGGGUUCUUGGUGUGCUUUACACCAAGAUUGCAUGUGCUAUAACAAUGAUGGGACCAGAUUGGGCGUUGCGGCGAGCUAUCGAGCGCACAUUCCGUGAUGGCAUCAUGCGCAUGAAUUUAGGUCUUGUUCUCCGUGAACUAGCCGCACCUGUGAUCGGCUGUUUGAGCCUAGCAUUAGCUGUUCCAUAUGUUAUUGCGCAUAGUUUAGCACCAUUAGUUGUUUCUAGUUUACAUUUUAGAAAUAUCAUAGUACGACGUAUCUAUCCUUUCCUUCUGAUUGUUUCAUUAAUUUUUGGGUUAAUUAAUUUCCAAAUCAGGCAAUUUUCAAAGUUAUAUGAGCAUAUAAAAAAUGACAAAUACUUAGUUGGAAGGAGACUGGUCAACUAUCACCAUAAAUCGUCUCUAUCUGAAUAGUUAGGAGGUCUCAACCCUAACCGAUCUGCAAAAGUGCACAAGUUAACAGUAUCCUUUACUUGUAGAUAGCCUUUUUGUCUCUCUUAAUUUGGUGUUUUCUUCUGGUAUGAAUUUUUGUUUCAUUUUAAGUUCGGACCCUUUUAUGUCAUACUAUUUACAUAAACGAAAAAUUUUCAUCAUUGCCUGUGUACCACUUUUUGCAGAGUUUUUUUGCCUGAACUUGUAGCGUUCUUUUUUAUUCUGAAUACAUACUAAGGUUCUCAGUUAGGUAACAGGGGAAAAAGUUAAUUAGUUUUUGAGUCAGGAAUGUUAACUUCGUACUUGUAAUACCCAGAAUUUUUCAAAUUCACUCAUAAAAUUUAGAGGAUGCCUUAUUUUAAUUGAUAUAAACAUAUAAUUAAAUAUUUCUUACUGGAAAUUAAGAACUUACAGUGACACAAAAUGUGCUCAACAUCCGUUAUUUUGUUGACAAAUGUCCAUGAUGAAACUGCUCUGAGGUGGGAAAGAAAACAAGGAAAAAGAUACACCAUUCAUUAAAUAUACCCAUUGUAAAAAAAGCCAGGUAUUACUUCAAGUAUGAUGGAAUAUUACUAGUUCACAUCCUUGAAAGUUACGUUUCUUUUUCUCCUUAAAAGUAUCUUCUUUGUCACUUUGAAUCUUACAAUUUUUAUGAAAUCAAUCCGAAAUUGAAUGAAGGUAUUUUUAAAUUUGAUAUUGCUUUUGAUGCCACUAUCAACCUUUUUCUCCAACUAACAACACCCCCCCCCCUCUCCCUUGGUCCUUUGCCUCUGAUAAUAUACAAAAUAUUUUAAACCUAGAAUUCCUUUUGAAGUAGCCAUAUUGACAUUAAUGAUAAAUAUAUGUAUGAAAGUGCUUUACUUUGUAAAAUGUCGCUUUAUCUAAGGAAGUUUCUGUAAGGUCACUCCUGUAAAACCUAUAUUUAGUCCAUCAUGUGGAAAAUUUUUCUUUUUUCGCAUCCUUUGAUACCUUCGCUCGCGAAAUAUUGAGUGAAUAAAAAUAAGUAUAACAUUGUAGUUAAUGGCCCCUGAUGAAAACUUGCUUUUUUGUUUACUUUUCUACUGCGAGGCCUCUCCUGAUUUUAAUGGAGAUUGACAAUUUAUUCGAAAGUGAAAUUGAUUGCAGAUUCCAUGUUAUUUUAUAUUAUAAUGUUGCUAUGAAAGUUCAAAAGCAUGCAUCUCAAUUGCAGUUUUUUCUUAUAUAUUUAUUUUUCCAGAGGAAAACAAAACAGUCUUACAUUUUGUGGAAAAAUUGCUUUAAGGGAAGAAAAGUAGAAGGAAGUUUUCAGAAUUUAGGUGUUUUCAGUUUCCUUUCAAAAAUCAAAAUAUGUCAGGGAAAUCUAUUACGUCACAAAUCGAGAUGCAUAUUUUUGAAUUUCAACUGGUGUUUAAAUUUGUUUCAUUAAAAUUCAAUUUUUAAGGAUGUUAAUCAGUAGUUUAUAUUACAAAUGAGUGUAAGAAAAGAAAACUGAGGUAAAAAAAAGGAAAUAUUUGUGAAGUUAGGAGGAAAAUGAGAAUGUAAAAUUUGGUGAGUCUUUAAGGUGAAUCUGUGUCGGAUAAUGUAAUGAAAUUUUUUCAGUUGGUUUUUGUGGGAUGGAGGGGAAUUCAAAGUUGAUGAAGGAAGACUUCAUGGUGCAAAGAGCAUGAUGCUGGAAAUAUUUUCAUGCGCUAUGCUUGUGUCUUCUUUUUCUACUAAUAAUCUCCAGCUCUGUCAGUUUUUACACUCAGGAAUCAUAUCAGGAACUUUACCUUGUCCCCAGGUUAACUUGAGAGAUAUACUGCUCUGUGAUUAUUGAAAUUUGAAAUAUAGUGCAGCUUUAAAGAUGCAUGCAAUAGACCACCAGACAAGGUCUGACCUCGAAAGGAGAUCAUAUGUCUCCUCUUCAAAAUCUUGCAUCUAGAACAAUUCACACAACGGAAAGUUCAGUAAUCAACUUCUGAACGAGAUACUGAAAAGUAUUUUCAAUACAGACCCAACAGAAAUUAGAUUCUAUGAAUUGUUUUGAUUGUUGAUUUGUCUUUUGUAUUUUUGCCAUCAAACCAAUGGUGUUUAAUUUCCAAUGGUGUUUAAUUUUAAACACUUUUAUCUUGUUUAGGAGUCCUAGAUUUUCCGUUGUGUGAUCCGUUUUCCUUGUGAAAUUUUGAAAGGAAAUCAAUUUAUACCUUGUCCAGAGGCUCAUCGUGUUCUGCCCACUGACAGAUGAUUGUCUCGCUCUAUUCAACAAUGGUCUCUCCUAAACUUUGAAGAGGUCUGCUUUAUGUACAAUUGAUCCCUUAAAUAGCGUCUCAGGGGCGUAAUUUUUGCUCUCAAGUUUUGUCGGUAAUGCAAUGUUUUUAUAGUGAUGCUACAUCACAGUGAAAACUUAAGUCAGAGGCUAUAAAUAACUAUUACCAAAAUCAAAACCUUUGCAGCUGACUGUGCUCCCAAGUACAACUGUUUGAGCAAAGCUUUUUCAUUUAGUGUUCCUGGGUUUUUUUUUUUGUAUGAAUAGACUUUAAUUCUUUUUUAAAAAAGUUUAUCACUAAUGUAAUUUUUUGUUGUUGUAAUACCUCGAUGUAUUCAUUUGCAUCAUGGCUCACUAAGUUAUAUCUGAAGAUCAAGAAUAUCUCAAUUGUGUUUAAAAAAUUUGAUUUAAUUUUUCUUUUAUUUUGGCUGUUUAGACUAUGAAGAUUUCAAGAGCAAACAGCGAAGUUAGGUCUUUGAAUGCGAUUAACUAAGAUCUCUAUGCUGAAUCUUGGAAGGAAAGGCAUUUGGUAAUAUGUGUUACAUAUCUUGAUUUUAUGGUGGCUAAAGAUUCUCUUCAUAAGAAGGUCAUAGGAAUUAUACAUCCAGCCUGUAAUGAAAGCUCUCAAACCCUAAGGCGUACUACGUAAAUUAUACAGUUCCUUCAAAUGCAACUCAAAACAUUUGUAAGGUAUUUAGAAUAAAAUCUGGAAACACUUAACCGGUGCAUUCCUUAAGUAUCCCUCCCCUCAUGAAUUGCAAUCAUGUAAUAGCUAUUCAACUAUCCCUUAAAAAAAGAAUAAUUUUUUGUUUUUUUCUUUUGGAGUUGUUAAUGACUUGAACAAAUUAAUUGUAAGUAAUUAUGGGAAACGCUUUGGCUAUUUUCAUAUUUUUCGAAUAAUAUAAGUUCCUGGAGGAUCGUCUUUUUGGAGGCACAAACAGUUGUGAGAAAAAAUUAGAUGUCCAUGAAAAUUCUGUCCUGCUCUGCCGAGGAAGAACAUGGUAUGUAGGGGUGGAAUAAGCAUUUUCCGUUUGUCACUUUAUCUAUAAUUUUCACUCAGCGUGUUUAAAGGAACAAUAUUCAAGUCAUAAUGAUGACGAAAACUGAAAAAGAAAUUUGUAAAACCGGCAGGAAGCAUGAAACCGGUCUGUUAAUUCUUUCAGUAUAAUGAAAUGCAAUUUUAAUGAAAUCCCUUACAAGUUGGCCAUCUUUGUCCAGAAUGAUUUAUAAGGACCUUCUUCUUCAUGGUGUAUGGAACAAAAAAUGAAUCAGGAAAUUCUUGAAAUCCAUUGAUCUUGAAAGAAGGUCUUUUCGAAAACUAUUUACCUUGCCAUUGGACCUCGCAGAUUUUGUAACUGUUUGAUUCUGGAGAAUAGAGAUAUCAAAAUGAGCAUAUGGUGAGAGUUGUUGUGAAGGACAGACAAUAUUGUUUUUAUUAAUAUGAAUAAUGCGGUAUAAAUACAACAAGUUAAAUGAAAAUUUUAUAAUUUUAAACUAUGGCAGCGCAGUAAGGUUUCUUCCAAUGAGUCUCGGCUGGUGAAUUUAUCUCCCCCUCUCCCCCAAGCAGGCCUCAUGGAUGGAAAACAAAGCAAUGCUCAAUUCAUUGUGCGUUGUCUCUUCCUUGGUCGUUACAAGUUUCAAUUUAUUCAUGAUUGAGGAAAACUGAAGAUGGUCACAGCAGACUUAUGUAUAGUAUUUAUUUUUAUUUUUUGUAAAUAUUUAUUAUUUAUUUGAUAAACUAUCAUGUAUGAAAUGUAUCAUGUUUUAAAUAAAAUGAUGAAAAUGUUACAAAAUAAA